AUGAUGUCUUACCUCAAACAACCCCCCUAUGGCAUGAACGGGCUGGGCCUGGCCGGGCCCGCCAUGGACCUCCUGCACCCCUCCGUGGGCUAUCCGGCCACUCCGCGGAAGCAGCGGCGGGAGCGCACCACGUUCACGCGCUCGCAGCUGGACGUGCUGGAGGCGCUCUUCGCCAAGACUCGCUACCCGGACAUUUUCAUGCGCGAGGAGGUGGCGCUCAAGAUCAACCUGCCGGAGUCCAGAGUCCAGGUCUGGUUCAAGAACCGUCGCGCCAAAUGCCGCCAGCAGCAGCAGAGCGGGAGCGGGACCAAGAACCGCCCGGCCAAGAAGAAGGCGUCCCCGGUGCGGGAGAGCUCGGGCUCCGAAAGCAGCGGCCAGUUCACGCCGCCCGCCGUGUCCAGCUCCGCCUCGUCCUCCAGCUCGGCUUCCAGCGCUCCCGCCAACCCGACGGCCGCGGCGGCCGCGGGCCUGGGCGGGACCCCGGCGGUGGCCGCGCCGUCGUCGCUGAGCACGCCCGCCGCCUCGUCCAUCUGGAGCCCGGCCUCCAUCUCCCCGGGCUCGGCACCGGCGUCGGUGUCGGUGCCCGAGCCCCUGGCCGCCCCCGGCAACGCGUCGUGCAUGCAGCGCUCGGUGGCGGCCGGCGCGGCCUCGGCGGCCGCCUCGUACCCCAUGUCCUACGGCCAGGGCGGCGGCUACGGCCAGGGCUACCCCGCGCCCUCCUCCUCUUACUUCGGCGGCGUGGACUGCGGCUCGUACCUCGCGCCCAUGCACUCGCACCACCACCCGCACCAGCUCAGCCCCAUGGCGCCCUCCUCCAUGGCAGGCCACCACCACCACCAUCCCCACGCACACCACCCCCUGAGCCAGUCCUCGGGCCACCACCACCACCACCACCACCACCACCAGGGCUAUGGCAGCUCGGGGCUCGCCUUCAACUCCGCCGACUGCUUGGAUUACAAGGAGCCCGGCGCCGCCGCCGCUCCCUCCGCUUGGAAACUCAACUUCAACUCGCCCGACUGCCUGGACUAUAAAGACCAAGCCUCGUGGCGGUUCCAGGUACUGUGAGCCCAG